AUGAAAUUAUUCACAAGUGUUUUUAUUUUAAUAUUUGGAGUAUAUAUUUGUGAAGCUGGUUAUGGCACGCCCGGAUAUAUUGCGCAAUCCGAUGUUGAAGCACCAGCGUAUAUACCCGUUGACAUGAGACAUUAUACUCUACGAAAGGGAUAUUCGAAGUAUGCCGGCACAAAGACAGGUUAUGGCGGUACUAAAACUGGCUACGGUGGCACGAAAACUAGCUAUGGGGGCACCAAAACGAGUUAUGGCGGUACCAAAACUGGUUAUGGUGGUACCAAAAGUGGUUACACUGGAACUAAAAACGCAUACGGUGAAGGGCGACAUUGGGAUUCUUCAGGAAUGGGGUCAAUAUACAGUUCCUUCACCAAAAACGUCAAUCAGCCGUACUCGAAUAAAUGCGAGAUUAGUUGCAAAAACAACGGUUUCUGUGUGGAUGUAAACACAUGCCUGUGUCCGCCAAACUUCACGGGCAAGUACUGCGAGCUCGACAAUAAACCUUGCCUUGCCUUUCCACCAUUGCCUAUGAAUUCUCGCCGAAGAUGCUCCGAGGGUGGGUAUGAUUGUACAGUAACAUGUGCAGAAGGGCACAUAUUCCCAGACGGAACUUCAGCGGCUAACAUGCGUUGUGUCGAUGGCCAGUGGCAGCCUUCCCGGGCCGACCUCACCUCGAUUCCGGACUGCCAGCCCGAGUGCAAGCCGCCUUGUCUGAACGGCGGCGUGUGUCUCUCAGUGAACACGUGUCAGUGCCCUGCAGAUUAUAGAGGCCCACAGUGCCAGUAUGCUGCGAGUGUGUGCGACGUCCGCAAGCUCGCCUUCAACGGCGGCUACAGCUGCCAGGGCGACAUGGAGAAGUUCUCGUGCCAGCUGUCGUGCCCCAGCGGCGCCGCGUUCAGCGUGCCGCGCGCCGACGACUACACCUGCCUGUACUCCACUGGAGUGUUCGAGCCACAACCGAUACCGCAUUGUGUUUUCACUGAAGUGAUUGUGAUCACACCAUCUAAUCAUCGCCCAAGCAUGUCGCAAUCGCACUCAUUGUAUUCGAAUACAUCUGACACCACGGCGUACGAGCACACCACACUGGGUGCCGGCAAGUACAGCCAGGGAAGCAAACCCGUCACCAUCGUCAUACAAGACUUUACACCUAAAGGCGGCAGUUGCUUGACGUGGGCCGGAGUUCACUAUAAGACGUUUGAUGGGAAAAUAUACAGCUUCCAGUCCCCCUGCAAGCACAUCCUGGUGCGCGACGCGACGGCGCACAAGUACACGGUGGCGGUGCGGCACCCGGCGUGCGCGCGCGCCGCCUACUGCCCCUCCGAGCUGCUCGUGUACGUGCAGGACAAGCUGUACAAGCUUAGUGUUGCUGAGGACGGGUCGGUGGAGUUCCGCAGCACUCGGCGCUUGCUGCCGAUGCCGGCGUCGCUGCCCGGCAUCCGCGUGGCCAUGCCCGGCGACCUCGUGCUCGUCGACCUGGACUUCGGGCUCUCCUUGAAGUGGGACACUAAUAAUAUGGUAAUAGUCGAAGGAUCGGUCCUCCUGUGGAAUAACACGGAAGGUCUCUGUGGCACUCUCGAUGGUAACCCGGAGAACGACAUGACGACUAGGGAGGGCUCCCUCGCGCCUACCAAGUCUGUCAUGAUCGCGUCUUGGGAACUCAAGGAAAUUGGUGACAUAUGCGACAGCAGCCCCGAGGACGUGAGCGCGUGCAGCUCGCAGGCCGACGCCGACGUGCGCGGCGCCCAGCGCUUCUGCUCCAGCGUCUUCAGCAAGGACAAGUUCCGCAAGUGCUCUAAGGUAAUGGACGUCUCACAACUUUUAGAUGUCUGCCAAUGGGACUACUGCGCGUGUAUUAAAAGUUUAAGUCCAGAAGAGUGCGCGUGUAAAACUGUCUCCGUGUACGCGAAGGAAUGCCUCCGACAUGGCGUAGAGGAGAUGAGGGCGUGGAGGGAUUCCGAUACCUGCCCAAUGAAGUGUCCAGACGGCAAGGUGUACGCGUCGUGCGGGCCCGCCGCGCCGCCGAGCUGCGCGCUGCCCGACGCGCCGCGCGGCGAGAACUCCACCUGCGUGGAGGGGUGCUUCUGUCCUGAAGGGAUGUUGUUGGAGAGCGGUCGCUGUGUGGAGAAGAGCAAGUGUCCGUGCCGAGUGAGGAACAAGAGCUAUCCGCCCGGAGCGGUCAUCCCUAAAAGAUGCAACACUUGCACGUGCUCGGCGGGGCAGUGGGUGUGCACGGCGGCGGCGUGCGGCGCGCGCUGCGGCGCGGUGGGCGACCCGCACUACACCACCUUCGACGGCCGCCGCUACGACUUCAUGGGCCACUGCUCCUACACCAUGCUGCGCGCCAACAACCUCACUAUAGACGUGGAGAAUGUGGCCUGCGCCGGUUCCAUCUCUGAGGCCAUGAACCUGACCCCAUACAAGGGCGAAGGCAAGCCGUCCUGCACCAAGGCCGUGAGCCUGCAGUACGGCGGCGCCAGCAUACACCUGAAGCAGGGCGGCUUCAUACUCGUCAAUGGGAAGGAAGUCAACACUCUACCCGUAUCCGUUGGAAAUAUCAGGAUCAGGGCUGCUUCGUCACUUUUCAUUAUUGUCCAACUGCCUAUCAAAGUAGACCUGUGGUGGGACGGCAACACUAGAGUGUUCGUGGACGUGCCGCCCUCCUUCGAGGGACAGACUUCGGGUCUCUGCGGCACUUUCAACAUGAACCAAAAAGAUGACUUCCUGACUCCUGAAGGUGACGUGGAACAGUCAGCGCUGGCCUUCGCCAACAAGUGGAAGACCAGGGAGUUCUGCGACGACAUCGCCGCCACCGAGCCCGAGCACCCUUGCACGGUCAAUAUUCAGAAUAAGGAGGCCGCUGAGAAAUAUUGCAGUCAUCUCAAGAGCAAGCUGUUUGAAUCGUGCCACGAGUACGUGGACGUGCAGGCGUACUACGAGGACUGCGUGUACGACAUGUGCGCGUGCGCCGGCGACGCGGCGCGCUGCCUGUGCCCCGUGCUGGGCGCCUACGCCGACGCCUGCGCGCGCGCCGCCGUGCUCGUGCACUGGCGCUACAGCGUCAAGGAGUGCGAGGUGCAGUGCACGGGCGGGCAGCAGUACACGGUGUGCGCGGACAGCUGCCUGCGCUCGUGCGGCGACGCGGCGGCGGCCGGCGCGCCGUGCCGCCCCGCCUGCGUGGAGGGCUGCGCCUGCCCCGCGGGACAGCUUCUCAACGAUAACAACGUGUGCGUACCAGUAGCGCUGUGCCCAUGCUUCCACAAGGGUAUGGAGUUCAAGCCCGGCUACAAGGAGGUUAGAGCUGGAAAACGUGAGCGAGAACUUUGUACAUGCGUGGGGGCGCGGUGGGAGUGUGCGCCCGCCACGCCGGCGCAGGUGGCCGCGUACCCGCCGGCCGAGGACCUGCGCAGCAACUGCAGCGCCGCGCAGAACAAGGAGUUCACCACCUGUGAGCUGGCAGAGCCGCUCACUUGCAAGAACAUGCACCUAGCGCAGACAGUGACGUCGCAAGAGUGCCGUCCCGGCUGCCAGUGCAGGCGCGGCUUCGUGCUGGACGCGGCGACGGCGCGCUGCGUGGCGCCGCGCGACUGCCCCUGCCACCACGGCGGCCGCAGCUACCCCGACGGACACACCAUGCAGGAGGAGUGCAACACUUGCGAGUGCAAAGGCGGCAAGUGGACGUGCACGGAGAAGCAGUGCGCGGGCGUGUGCGGCGCGUGGGGCGACUCCCACAUCACCACCUUCGACGGACAGCUCUACGACUUCGAGGGCGUCUGCACUUAUCUACUUGCUAAGGGCACUACUGACGGAAAAGAUGGCUUUAGUGUCGAGAUACAGAACGAGCCGUGCGGAACAACGGGCGCGACCUGCUCCAAGUCGGUGACGCUCCGCGUCGGCGGCGGCGGCGCGGCCGACGAGACCGUCGCCCUCACUAGGAAUGCUCCUCUGCCCGAUACUUCGAGUUUGAAGCGUAUAAAGAAGCGCGUGGCGGGCGCGUACGUGUUCCUGGACGUGCCGUCGCUGGGCGUCAGCCUGCAGUGGGACCGCGAGCUGCGCGUCUACGUCAAGAUAAAAGGACUCUGCGGUAACUUCAACGGAGACAUGCGCGAUGACUUCCAAACGCCAUCUGGCGGUGGCUUCGCAGAAACCUCACCACUCAUAUUCGCUGACUCCUGGAAACUCAAACCAACAUGUCCUAAGCCUACUGAAGUCACUGACCACUGCAAGGAGCGUCCCCAGCGCGUGGAGUGGGCGGCGAGCACGUGCAGCGCGCUGAAGCGGCACCCGUUCUCGCUGUGCCACAGCGAGGUGCCGGUGGCGGCGCACGCGGCGCGCUGCGCGGCCGACGCCUGCGCCUGCGACGCCGGCGCCGACUGCGCCUGCGCCUGCGCCGCGCUCGCCGCCUACGCGCACGCCUGCGCCGCGCGCGGCGUCACCUUCAAGUGGCGCACGCCGGACCUGUGCCCGAUGCAAUGCGACGGCGAAUGCGAGAACUACAACGAGUGCAUCCCCGCGUGCCCGCCGGAGACCUGCGACAACACGCUCGACUACCAAGAGAUCAAGCAGACCUGCGAGAAGGACACUUGUGUGGAAGGCUGCAAACCAAACAAGACGUGUCCAGAGGGCACAGUGUACUCGAACAGCAGCCUGUCUGAGUGCGUGCCGCGCGCGCGCUGCCGCCGCCCCUGCAUGGUGGUGGGCGCGCGCGAGGUGGCCGAGGGCGAGCUGCUGGAGGAGGACGCGUGCCACUCCUGCCGCUGCUCCAAGGGCGAGCGCGUCUGCACCGGGCAGCCCUGCGCCACUGAGACGACGGGGUCGCCGCUGCCCCCGGAGACGACGCCGCACGACCAGCCGCUCACGUGCAAGUCGGGCUGGACGGAGUGGCUCAGCCGCGGCGCGCCAGAGAUCAGCUCUGACGGCGCCUCCGUGGACAACGAACCUCUGCCUUUGUCUAAUGAACUUACAAUCGGAUCUCCAAUGUGUAAAAAGGAAAUGAUGACCAAAAUCGAAUGUCGUACGGUCAGCGACUACAAAACUCCUAAAGAAACUGGACUUAAUGUUGAAUGCAGUUUGGAGAAAGGUCUCGUAUGCUUGGAGGCGGAGAAGACUUGCCCUGACUUCGAGAUAAGAGUAUACUGCGAGUGUGAAGAGCCGUUCCAAUGCCUGGACGCGGCGCACCCGAGCCGGGCGCACCCCACGGACUGCAGCCAGUUCUACGAGUGCACGCCGGGCGGCACGCACGCCGUGCUCAAGAGCUGCGCGCCGGGCCUGCAGUACAACCCCGCCGCCAUGGUGUGCGACUGGCCCGCCGCCGUCGCGCUGCUGCGCCCCGAGUGCGCCGCCGCCACUACCACCACACCCACCACCACCACCUCUACCACCACCACCUCUACCACCGUCACUUCUACUACUGAAUUAUGGACACCACCAAUGUUGGCACCAGUACCUCCUAGGGAAGAACUAGAAGAAUUGCCUACCACCACCACAACAACUACCUCCGUUCCAGAAACAACAACCAGUCGCUGUCCCCCCGGACAAGUGUUCAAGGAGUGCGCAUUCCCGUGCGACAAGCUUUGCGAUCAUUUCAAACAAGUCUUGCAUAGUAAAAAUGAAUGCUUACCGGGACAGAAUUGCGUGUCGAGUUGCGUGGAGGAGUCGGUCGCGAACAUCAAGUGCGAGUUCGGGUCGCGGUGGCGCGACGCCAAGACCUGCGUGCCGCUGAAAGACUGCACUUGCGAUAGAGACGGAUUGCUUGUCAAACCGGGCGGAGUGAUAGUAGAUGGAUGCCAAACAUGUCAGUGUCUGGACAACGCUCUACACUGCGACUUCUCCAAGUGUGUCUCAGUGGAAGUACCAAAGAAAGGAUCAACACAUGCCUCCUUCAUCCUCCCCGCCCCCACUACCCCCUCCACUACCCCUACCACUACCCUCCUCACUACGACAGUCACCAUCGCUGCAACAAACGCAACAACCGAAGCAUUUACAACAGUCACAACUCAAUCUACAACAGUCACAACAGAGCCUACAACAGUCACAACCAUGUCUACAACAGAAACGCUAAUUAUUAAAACUACCGUCUCACCCCCACCGGAGUGUAACCCUGCCAACUACAAGAACCUGCUGUGGAGCGGCGAGCCGCUGCCGGCGUCGGCGUUCUCGGCGAGCUCCGCCGCCAGCGACCUGUUCCAGCCGCAGUACACGAAGCUGGGCGGGCGGCCGACGGCAUACAGUGCUGGAAGUUGGAAUCCUGACGCCUCAGACGCGAACCCUUACAUUCAAGUGGAGUUGCCGCAAAAGGAGCCGAUAUACGGCGUCGUCAUGCAGGGCAGCCCGCUCUUCGACCAGUACGUCACGAGCUACGACGUCAUGUAUGGUGAUGAUGGACACAUCUUCUCUACGGUUGACGGACCUGAUGGCAAGCCCAAGAUUUUCCGUGGCCCGGUCGACCGCGAGAAACCUAUGAAACAAAUGAUAAAACCUCCAAUUGAAGCCAAGUUCAUCCGCAUUCAACCUCAAACUUGGAACGAUGGAGUUGCUGUACGCUUCGAGUUGAUCGCUUGUCAAGAAUUUACUACCACUCCCACUACACCUACUACUCCCACCACUUCUACCACACCUACCACUCCCACUACUGUCACCGUAACAACUCCCACUACUCCCACCACAGUUGUCUUAACAACUCCCACGGUUCCUUCUACACAAACAAACCCCACAACUCAACCUACCACAGAAAGCAGCACGAGACCAACACUGUUUACUACUCUGGAACCUAUAGCAUGCACAGACAACCUAGGUCUUGGCGGGAACCUCCCCAUCAACCUGGUCGAGACCAGCUCCAACAACGACGGGCGCAAGCUGCUGCGCAUGGACGCCGAGCGCGGCUGGACGCCGCUCUACAGCACGCCCGGGGAGUGGGUCAUGUUCAACUUCACGUCGCCUCGCAACAUCACCGGCCUCCGGACGUCGGGCGGGCCGAGCGGCUGGGUCACCGGCUACUACGUCCUCUUCACCUCCGACCUCUCCACUUUCAACCCGGUGCUAGACGAAAGUGGUGCCCAGAGGCUAAUUCCGGCCAAUUUUGAUAACAACAAUGUGGUCGUGAACGAGUUCCGACCCCCCAUCAGAGCGCAGUAUUUGAAGGUUUUACCCAUCACUUGGAAGAAUAAUAUAGAGAUGAAAAUCGAACCUAUUGGCUGCUAUGAGAUAUAUCCGCACGAGGAGCAGGCGCACGACGAGCGCGCGCCGGCGCCGUGCGCGCUGUGCCCCGGCGCGCCGCCCGCCGCCUGCGCCUGCGCCUGCGCGCCCGCGCUGUACUACGACGGCGAGAACUGCGUGUCCCGCGACCAGUGCCCGUGCUUCGUGGGAUUCAUACCGUACCCAGUGGGGUCCAGCUUCCGCGGUGACAAGUGCGACGAAUGCCUGUGCAAGCUGGGCGGCGUCAGCUCCUGCCAGCCCGCCGCGCCCUGCGCCUGCGCACCGGAUCUAGUCCCAACACUAACACCAGAAUGCAAGUGUCUCUGCGAGCCGUGCACCAACAACACUAAGAUCUGUCCCACCAGCAAGCUUUGCCUGCCUCUGGAGAAGUGGUGCGACGGCCUCCAAGACUGCCCUGAUGAUGAAUUGGAAUGUACCACCAGGGCCCCUGUAACAGAAACCGUGGUGACCACUGUGGUGCCAACUGUCGCGAACACCCCGCCAGUGACCACGCUCGCCCCCACCACGAUUGCUUCUACGACUGAGAAACCACUAGAGUGCCCCAAGGUGGAAUGCCCGCCGGGCUACACGGUGCGGCCGGUGUCGCCGCGCGCCAGCUACCGCGGCGCCGAGCUGCCGCCGCCGCGCCCGCGCUACUCCUACCAGAGGUUCUACAAGGGCUCCAAGGGCGGCCGCAGCUUCGCCAAGGGCGGAUUCUCUAAGACUAGCUUCUCGAAGGGCGGUAAUUAUGGUCCACCAUCCCGGCCGCAACAGAACGAAGCGUUCACACUAGACAAGCCGUCGCUCGCCAGCAAGCCGGAGGCCGCCAAGCAGGAGUGCGCGCAGUUCAAGUGCAUCCCCAACCUGCCGCCCAUCCCGCCCAGGGGCUCCACGCCCGCGCCCGUCGUCUGCUCCACGCCGAUAUGUCCUGACAAGUACUCGCUGAAGCUAGACAGCGUGCCGUUGGGUGUUAAUGAAUGCCCUCAAUACUCGUGUGAGCCGCCGCCGGAGCAGCCGGCGCAGUGCAGCGUCACCGGCCGCACCUUCAGCACCUUCGACGGCACCGAGUACAAGUACGACGUCUGCUUCCACAUACUGGCGCGGGAGAAUCGCUUCGGGGAAUGGACUGUGCUGUUACGCAAGAAAUGCGACGAAAAAACCUGCCAGAACCAGUUACUUGUGCUACAAGACACCGAACUGAUCCUUGUGAAGCCUUCUCUCAUGAUCGAGUACAACAACUACGAGUACACCGUGGAGCAGACCAGCAAGAUCUGCUUCCAGAGGAACAGCUUUGACGUCAACAGGCUUGGAGACGGGGUUUCCAUCAAGUCCAGGAAAUAUAACUUCACAGUGUUUUACAGUCCUGAUGGGGACGUUAAGAUUGGGGUAUCCAAGAAGUACGAGGGCCGCGUGGACGGGCUGUGCGGCGCGUACGACGGCGACGCGCGGCGCGAGCGCGUGCUGCCCGACGGGCGCGAGGCCGCCGGCGUGCAGGAGUUCGGCCGCGCCUGGGCCAAGCCCGGCCUGCGCGCCGACGCCUGCCGCGUGCGCGCCGUGCCGCGCGACGAGCAGAAGCGCGUGUGGGAUCUGUGCAAGGUCAUCACCGAGGAGCCACUAUCGCAAUGCUCUAAGGUGCUAAGCCUGGACAAGUGGCGCAGCAUCUGCCUGGAGAAGAUCUGCUCGUGCGCCGAACUGGUGGUGAACGGCACCAAGCGCACGGAGGAGCAGUGCCGCUGCCUGCUCUGCUGGAAAACUGUCAAGCUAUUUCAGCUUCGAGAUGUAACAAACAUGAAGUCAUAUACA